AGAUUCAUUUGUCAACAGUCAAGAGUGGACACUAAGCAGAGCUGUUCCUGAUCUCCGUCUCGGAAUUGUUGGCAAUUUGACGAGUGGGAAGUCGGCUCUAGUGCACCGAUACCUGACGGGCUCUUACCUGCAGGACGAGUCCCCCGAAGGCGGCCGCUUCAAGAAGGAAGUCAUAGUUGACGGCAACAGUCAUCUGCUUCUGAUCCGAGAUGAAGGCGGACCACCAGAGAUGCAGUUCAGCUGUUGGGUCGAUGCCGUCAUAUUUGUGUUUAGUCUUGAAAACGAAAACUCAUUUAACGCUAUAUAUAAUUACUACACAAAGAUGUUUCACUAUAGAAACUCAUCAGACAUUCCUAUAUUCCUGGUCGGCACUCAAGACGCCAUCAGUGAAAGUAAUCCGCGUCUCAUCGAUGAGAGCAGAGCCCGAAAACUGGCCAAUGAUUUGAAGAGGUGUUCCUACUAUGAGACGUGCGCUACAUAUGGUCUGAAUGUGGAGAAAGUGUUUCACGACGCCUGUCAACGGAUUGUUCAGAACAGGACUAAUGACAGCUCACUCAUGACAGCUAACUCUCGGCCCAACACUCCCAGCACUUUAGGCUUCUAUAGACAAUUCAAUUCCAUUGUCACACCUUCUCAGACAUCUAAUGGAGUGAAUAGUAACCCAUCGGUUAAACCUCUCAUCACAUCUCCUAAUCAUACGAUUCCCUCCAAUCAACAAAUCACUCAAAUCACAAAUUUGAAUAAUAGUCAAAGCAAACCAUUACCUGUUAAACCAAAUAUCAAUAAUAACAACAAUAAUGUAUUCACGCAAAAGCCUGUCCAAGACUUCGGUCCCCUCCCACCCAAACGAGUCGAGUCGAAAGUCCCGGAUUCGGCUAAAGUUCCGCUCAAAUCAUUAGCUGAUCAGUCCGUACAGCCCAUGCCUACUGUCAAUAAGGAGACCAAAGAUCUGUCGACUCCCAGCUCUACGCCCACCACCGCUAGGAAGACGAGGCGGCGCUCAAACCUCUUCCCACCCCUCAGUAACAAAAAUAAACAUUUGGAUGACAAGUACAAAACCGGGGAAGUGGGCAGCGGUCGAGCCAUUCCGCUAAAACAGGGCUAUCUCUACAAGAAAAGUGUAAAAACUCUAAACAAAGACUGGAAGAAAAAAUACGUGACGCUUACCACUGAUGGGCGACUCACAUAUCACCCGACGCUUCACGACUACAUGGAUGAAGUUCAUGGAAAGGACAUCCCUUUAAAGCACACGACUGUCAAAAUUCCGGGUCAAAAGCCUAGAGGUUCGCGUCCUAUUCAUACCAUCCCCUCUCCCCACCAGCACAACAAUGACAUCACUCCUUCACUCAAUUCAUUGUCUUUAGGUGUUUGUGACGCCGACCAGCGAUUGGUGCCCAUCACUAACCCCAAGUCAGACACUCCCAGCUUUAAGAAGCGCAACCGUCGGACCAAAAGCAGUGGCAAUAAGAAUAACGACUCGAUUGACGACUCAGACGGCUAUGAGUUUGUGAUCGUGUCGCUGGAGAACAAGCACUGGCACUUCGAUGCUAACAGUGCCGAGGAGAGGGACUCUUGGGUCACUGCCAUCGAGCAGCAGAUACUGUCGAGUCUGCAGAGUAUGGAAAGUGAGAAAUCCAAGUAUAAGAACAGCACUUCCGUCGACGAGUCGGCCAUUCAGUCCAUGCGAACGGUUCCCGGAAAUAAAUACUGCGUUGACUGCGAUUCCCUGAACCCCGACUGGGCGUCACUCAAUUUGGGAGCUCUCAUAUGUAUUGAAUGCUCCGGAAUUCACCGCAAUCUCGGCACUCAUAUAUCCAAAGUACGAUCACUUGCUUUGGAUGAUUGGCCUGCGGGACAUAUCGCUGUAAUGAUGGCUUUGGGCAACACUGCCGUCAACUCUCUCUGGGAGUAUGACUUAAGAAGUAGAGCCAAACCGACCCCUAAUUCGAGUCGUGAAGAGAAGGAGCGAUGGAUUCGAUCGAAGUAUGAAUUGAAGGACUUCUUGGCUCCCAUUACAGACAUCACUCGCAUUGAACAACAACUCAUUGAAGCCAUUCUCAAGUCCGACACCAAACAGUUGUCCUUAAUUUUGGCGCAUUUUUCGCCUAAAGACCAAAAUAUCUCUUUUUAUACCCGCGAAGUGAAAACACCGUUACAUUUAGCCUCCAGUCGGGGCUCUCUGUCCGUCGUUCAGCUCCUGCUUUGGCACAACGCAAACGUUACGGCUAUUGAUUCGGACGGAAAGACAGCUCUGUUUUACGCCAAGACUUCGGGUCAUAAAGAAGUGGUGGAUCUACUCAUACAUAACGGUUGCUCUGAAAUGAAUGCUAACAGUAGUAGUAUUGUACCCAAACGGAGGGGCAGUUUGACAUCAUUGACCGCAAAGUCGACCACUUGUGAGGUGUUCGACAAACUGCCCGCUUCUAUCAUAUGAAUGCCUGCUAUCCCUGUCCGUAGAUUCUGUGGUUGAGGUUAUUGUUUGGCACUCCCGCCGUAUUAUUAGCUCUUUUCGCACACUUUUCACAUUCUACAC